UUUGGUCGAUUUUAAUUUAAUUGUGGAAAAGUGCAAAAUGGCUUGUCAAGUAUUUAAUGCUUAUGAAGGUUGCGUGGAGGAGAUGGCAAACCAGCGCCCAUCACUUCAAGACAUGGAUACAGAGAUAUUUUCUGCGAAUUCACCCAAAGCGAGAUCAUUAAUUGAAAUUUCAGGUGCGUCAGGGUCGGGUAAAAGUGUGCUUCUGUGGCGCCUAAUGGCUCGUUGUCUUACACCAACCUACUUUGGCGGUCGAAAUUGUGAUUUAAUUUUUAUUGAUUUAAGACAUAAAUUCAAUGCUGAAAUCUUUGAACAACAAAUUUUACGUCUGGUUGCUGCCUCUGGCGAACAACACACUGCAGCUGAAUUACGGGUGAUGGUUGAGAAAUGUUUUGAUUCUAUGCAUUUACUAAACUGCUAUAAUUCACAACAUUUUAAAGCAGCCUUGGAAAUUGUUGAUGGGCUACUUGUAAAGCAUUCAGAUUGCUCAUUGGUGGUCAUUGAUGGUUUAGAUGCUUUCUAUUGGUUGGACACUUACGAGCGCCGAAUUCGUAUGCAAACACACUAUAUGCGUAAUGUAGAACGUCUUCGCAGCUUAUGUGAGCGUCAUGGUAUUUGCUGCGCAUACACUAUUAAUACAAACUAUCUGGGCGCAAAGAAAUUAAGCGAUGUUGAAGGUAAUAUUCUUGGGCGUUCCAUGCAGGCAAAUAUAAAAGUUGAAUACAGAUUGCAGCUGCAACUUGCUAGCAAUGGUGAACGGACACUUAAUGGAAUGGCAGUAGAGAUCAGAGACAAUUCCUUGUAUGUUGUUAAGAAACUAUGAUCAAUUAUAUGUCCACCCCAUCACUGCAUGUGUGCCAAAGUGUGAUUAGCGGGUAUAAAUAAAUAUUGAAGUAUGUUUGUAUGUACAUACAAUAAACCGUUCUGCAAAUGGACCAGUCUAUCUUGUUUCCAAUAUGUACUCGGAACUGUUAUAUUAUGAAAAAGUACACUUCAGCUGCCGCCGUGUCCAUCAUUUUUACCAUACUCAGCAUACCAACAAUAAACACACCAAACACGAGCAGACAGCAUGAUAAUCACGUCUAGACUUGGCAGCAACAACAAGAAGUGGAGUACCAACAAAACUUCGGUCUGUUUAGGUGCUUGAUAAUAUAUUUUUGGCAUUCAAGUUUUUAAGCAAAUAAACCAAUAAACUACCUCAUGGUUGGCAUGUA